GGAGUCACAACAUUAUAAUUGCCUCACAUUUAAUUGCAAGCAUUGAAAAAUGCAGAUGGACAAAGUCAUUUUUGUGCCAUAUAUAGAGAAAACAAUCACUCUGGAUUUCAAUAUCGCUGGCUCCCUGAUUCACUGAAAGCAGGAAUUUAUACAAGAGCCAUGUCUAACAGUGGUGCUGCUAUGAAAGUGGACAACUGAGCCCGAAAACACUGCCUCCACUGUUCUGGGGCUGGGCCCCACGCUCAGAGCCUUGCUAUUCUCUUUCACUUUGGGGCCUGGCGAGGCAGCUUGCUUUUCCAUUUUCUUCCAUUGGCCACAUUACUUUUUUUUUUCAGUGAAUCUUCUGUUGGCUUCCAGGGGAAUGUUAGCUUAAGGCCUUGCCUUGCCAUCCUCAGAUAAAAUCAAAGAAAUGAAAAAUGCCAUAGGAAAGCAAAAUAGCGUAGCCAGGGUGUACAAGAGGAAUACCACCAGUUUCAAGCACUGCUUUGCAUAGCUUCUAUGGAGCCUGCUCAUUAGGGACGUCAGCUUUUCUGGGGCUGUUUCGAUAGGAAGAUCAGGACUGACUGGUGACAUUUGUUUCAGUGAAAGCAACAGUCUGAACAGCCCUAGGCUACUGCUGCUGGAAAUGGCCAUCUCAGUGGACUCGUCUUGGCCGCGGUGGCAGUGGAGAGUGGAUGACGGCUUCCCGCAGUCUCCAUCAGAAACCACCCCACUGCUCUCUGCGGAGACGGGAAGGCAGCACUCCCGUGGGACACAGCAGCGGGUCGUGUUCCCCAACAACAGCACAUUCCAGCAAGACUGGGAGAAGGUCUCCAGGAGAUACUCCAGCAACAGAAUCUGCACCACCAAAUACACCCUCUUCACCUUCCUGCCCCAGAAUCUCUUUGAGCAAUUUCAUAGAUGGGCCAACCUCUAUUUCCUGUUCCUGGUGGUUCUGAACUGGAUGCCCUCCAUGGAGGUGUUCCACAAGGAAAUCACCAUGUUGCCGUUGGCCAUAGUCCUGUCUGUAGUCAUGGUCAAGGAUGGCAUAGAGGACUUCAGGAGACACCGCUUUGACAGAGCAAUAAAUACUUCCAGCAUCCGAAUAUAUGAAAGGAAAGAGCAGAGGUACGUGCAGAAGUGCUGGAAGGAUGUGCGAGUGGGAGACUUUGUCCAGAUGCGGUGCAACGAGGUCAUCCCAGCGGACAUACUCCUCCUCUUCUCCUCGGACCCCAGUGGGAUCUGCCACCUGGAAACCGCUAACCUGGAUGGAGAGACCAACCUCAAGCAGCGGCGUGUUGUCAAAGGUUUCACCCAGCAGGAGGUGCACUUCCAGCCGGAGCAUUUCCACAACACCAUCGUGUGUGAGAAACCCAACAACCACCUCAACAAGUUCAAGGGCUACAUGGAGCACCCCGACCAAACCAGGACUGGCUUUGGCAGUGAGAGUCUUCUGCUUCGAGGCUGCACCAUCAGAAACACAGAGGUGGCUGUUGGCAUCGUCAUCUACGCAGGCCAUGAGACAAAAGCCCUGCUCAACAACAGCGGCCCGCGGUACAAGCGAAGCAAGAUUGAGCGGCGCAUCAACACAGACAUCUUCUUCUGCAUCGGCUUUCUCAUCCUCAUGUGCCUUGUUGGAGCUGUAGGCUACAGCCUCUGGAAUGGGACCUUUGAAGAGCACCCUCCUUUCGAUGUGCCAGAUGCCGAUGGCAGCUUCCUCUCCCCUGCCGUGGGAGGCGUCUACAUGUUCCUUACCAUGAUCAUCCUGCUCCAGGUGCUGAUCCCUAUCUCUUUAUACGUAUCCAUUGAGCUGGUGAAGAUUGGGCAAGUGUUCUUUCUGCACAAUGACCUUGACCUGUACGAUGAAGAGGCAGAUAUGUCCAUUCAGUGUCGAGCCCUCAACAUCACUGAGGACCUGGGCCAGAUCCAGUACAUCUUCUCUGACAAGACAGGGACCCUAACGGAGAACAAGAUGGUGUUCCGGCGUUGCACCAUCAUGGGCAGCGAGUACUGUCACCAGGAAAACGCCAAGCGACUGGAGACUCCAAAGGAGCUGGACUCAGACAGUGAAGAAUGGACCCAAUACCAGUGCCUGUCUUUCCCAGCCAGAUGGGCUCAGGGCCCAGCAACACUGAGAAGCCAAGGAGGUGCCCAGCCUCUAAGGAGGUGCCAGAGUGCCCGGGUGCCCAUCCAGGGCCAUUCCCGACAGAAGUCCGUGGGACGCCGUGAAAGCUCACAGCCUCCUGUGGCCUUCAGCAGCCCCAUAGAAAAAGAUGUGACUCCUGAUAAACACUUACUUACCAAGGUGCGAGAUGCUGCCCUGUGGCUGGAGACCUUGUCAAACACCAGACCUGCCAAGCCUUCCUUCUCUACCGCUUCCUCCAUUGCCGACUUCUUCCUUGCCCUAACUAUCUGCAAUUCCGUCAUGGUGUCCACAACCACGGAACCCAGGCAGAGGGUCACCGUGGCACCCUCAUCCAAGGCUCUGGGCAUGUCCUUGGAGAAGAUUCAGCAGCUGUUCCAGAGACUGAAGCUGCUAAGCCUCAGCCAGUCAUUCUCAUCUACCGCACCCUCCGACACAGACCUGGGUGAGAGUUUGGGGGCCACCGCACCCACCACAGACUCAGAUGAGAGAGACGAUGCAUCUGUGUGCAGUGGAGGCUACUCUACCGAUGGUGGCUAUAGGAGCAGCGCAUGGGACCAGGGUGACAUCCUGGGGUCUGGGUCAGGCGCCUCAAUGGAGGAGGUGCCAGAGGCUCCAGCUGGAGGCCUGGCCCAGCCUGAACUUUGUUACGAGGCCGAGAGCCCUGACGAGGCAGCCCUGGUGCACGCUGCCCAUGCCUACAGCUUCACACUGGUGUCUCGGACACCUGAGCAGGUGACCGUGCGCCUGCCCCAGGGCACCUGUCUCACUUUUGACCUCCUCUGCACCCUGGGCUUCGACUCUGUCAGGAAGAGAAUGUCUGUGGUCGUGAGACACCCGUUGACUGGUGAGAUCAUCAUCUACACCAAGGGCGCCGACUCUGUCAUCAUGGACCUGCUGGAAGACCCAGCCUGCGUGACUGACACCGAGGUGGAGAAGAAGCUGAAGAAAAUCCGAGCGCGGACCCAAAGGCACCUGGACAUGUAUGCGAGAGACGGCCUCCGCACACUGUGCAUCGCCAAAAAGGUCAUAAGCGAAGAGGACUUCCAGAGAUGGGCCAGUUUCCGGCAUGAGGCUGAGGCAGCCCUUGACAACCGAGAGGAGCUUCUGAUGGAGACAGCACAGCAUCUGGAGAAUCAACUCACCUUACUCGGAGCCACUGGAAUUGAAGACCGGCUGCAGGAAGGCGUCCCAGAUACCAUCGCUGCUCUGCGGGAGGCUGGGAUCCAGCUCUGGGUCUUGACGGGAGAUAAGCAGGAGACGGCGGUCAACAUCGCCUACGCCUGCAGGCUGCUGGAUCAGACUGACACUGUGUACUCCAUUCACACAGAGAAUCAGGAAACCUGUGAAUCCAUCCUCAAUUGUGCGUUGGAAGAGGUGAAGCAAUUUCAUGAACCACAGAAGCCACGCCACAAGUUCUUUGGAUUCCUCCUACCUUCCAAGAUACCAUCAGUCAUUCCAGGAGCUGCAGUUCCAGAAGUGGGAUUGGUCAUUGAUGGAAAGACACUGAAUGCCAUUUUCCAGGGCAAGCUGGAGAAGAAGUUUCUGGAGUUGACCCAGUACUGCCGGUCUGUCCUGUGCUGCCGCUCCACCCCUCUCCAGAAGAGUAUGAUAGUCAAGCUGGUGCGAGACAAGUUGAGCGUCAUGACCCUCUCCAUAGGUGAUGGAGCAAAUGAUGUAAGCAUGAUUCAAGCUGCUGAUGUUGGAAUUGGAAUAUCCGGGCAGGAAGGCAUGCAGGCCGUCAUGUCCAGCGACUUCGCCAUCUCCCACUUCAGGUACCUCAAGAAACUGCUGCUUGUGCACGGCCACUGGUGCUACUCCCGCCUGGCUAGAAUGGUGGUGUACUACUUCUAUAAGAACGUGUGCUACGUCACGCUGCUCUUCUGGUACCAGUUCUUCUGUGGGUUCUCUGGCUCCACCAUGAUCGACUACUGGCAGAUGAUCUUCUUCAACCUCUUCUUUACCUCCCUGCCGCCCCUCAUCUUUGGAAUCCUCGAUAAAGACGUCUCUGCAGAGACGCUGCUGGCACUGCCCGAGCUCUACAAGAGCGGCCAGAACUCUGAGUGCUACACUGUGUGGACGUUCUGGAUCUCCAUGGUGGACGCUUUCUACCAAAGCCUCGUCUGUUUCUUCAUUCCUUACCUGACCUACCAGGGCUCCGAUAUUGAUGUCUUCACCUUUGGGACCCCGAUCAACACUGUCUCCCUCACCACAAUCCUCCUGCACCAGGCAAUGGAAAUGAAGACCUGGACCGUCAUCCACGGGCUCGUCCUGCUAGGCAGCUUCCUCAUGUACUUCGCGGUGUCCCUGCUGUACAAUGCCGUCUGCGUCACCUGCAACAGCCCCACCAAUCCCUACUGGGUGAUGGAAAGGCAGCUGGCAAACCCUACGUUCUACCUCGUCUGCUUCCUCACACCUGCCGCGGCUCUUCUCCCAAGGUACUUUUUCCUGUCUCUACAAGGAACCUAUGGGAAGUCUCUGAUCACAAAAGCUCAGAAAAUUGACAAACUGCCCACCGACAAAAGAAACCUGGAAAUCCAGAGUUGGAGAAGCAAACAGAGACCUGUCCCUAUCCCUAAAGCAGCUCGGCCCGCCCAGCAUCCAGUGCCCCCUGUCCCAGAACAGAGCUUCCGGAGCAGCACUCCAAAGAGCCCUUCUAAGCAGAAGCACGUUGAGGACUGGGUGUUCCACGGACAGAGAAGCAGCACGGCACAUACGAUGGAUGACCCGUGCUCGGGGGACUCCUCAGCCAAACCCUCCUCUGGGGAGCACCUGCUGGGGCCUAACAGGACAGCGCUUCCUGGAGCCUACAUGGCCGGACAGACGGGUAGGUCCCGGCACUCCAGCAGGAGCAGCCAUCGCCGAUCCCAGAGUUCCCUGACCAUAUGAGGGGAGUGAAGACAACUUGACAAACUAAGAGGCCACCCCCAUCACUGCUCUGGGUACCUCGUGACCCCUCCUCUUCAGAGGAGAGAACAUGCUAGUCUGGUUUCUUCCCACUGGGCUUGCCUUCCUUCUGGGAAGCCCUUGCCGCAAGGAGUUUUGACAAAGUAGAAUGGGAAAACUCGAGGGCCUCUAGUUUUCUCCAGCUGCCAGGCAGCAUAUCUUGCAAAGCACAGAGUUUUUAAUAAGGAGGCUCUGUUUCUGUGGCAUUGAGUGCUCACAUUUUUGAUACCCACGUUUCUGACAGUUUCCACCAGUACAGCCUGUAACGCAACGCAACCAGACCACACGAUUCCAUGAAGUCUAUCAACCUAGUCAACAUCUCAGGGUACAGAAGUUUCCAGGCUUGUCAGCCCUUCAUCUCACGCCGUCAGUGCCAAGAAUUCAAGUUUCUGAGCCACCGGUGCUCACAGGGCCUCCUUGCACUCGUGGUCAAGUCGGGUCUGCUGUUUGUCUCUGGGCCAAAAGAAAACUACAUCUAAAGAGGAAAGCUAGGUAUGACCCCUGUGACAUGUCAGAGUGGGAGCGUCACAGCAAGCAUCCUGCAGGGCAUGGGUACACCAGAGAGUCCUGGUGAUGGGCCGUAUGUCCCACAAUCUGGAGAAUCUGCCACGAGGACACAGGCGGCAUUCUUCUUGAAAGCUAUUUAUUUUAUUUAUUUUUAAUUAGAAUUGCCAUCCUCCACUCCAAAGAAAUCUCUAAGGCCAGGAGAUCUUAGUGCAUCUGCACCCAGAAUAGGCCUGUAUGAUAUAGUAACUCUAAGGUGGCAUUUGGGGGGGGGGUGCUUAAAGCAUUACACCUCAUUCAUUCAAGUUACCCUAGAAUACUACCACCUGGAAGCCACUGGUACAUGCUUACAUUAGAGUCGAGGAAGUCUCAGUUCACAGGGAAAAGGAAGAUCAGAGACAUCCCAUCCAUAGAAGUCAUAAAUGCAAACUGUAAAAGAACUCCAACAUUGUAUAAAUAAGCAAAUGAAUGAUAGCAUAUAGCAUUACAAUAGGCUAUCAAAAGAAAUGGAGGUUGACCAGGCAGCCUAGCCCUAGGCUUCUUUAAGGGAAGUCAGGAACAGUUUCCUGAGCCCUCCUGUCUUAAGCGAAUGCCUGUACAUUAGGUAAGAAGCAUAGGGACCCAUGCAACAGGAGUGACAAGGCUUGAAGCCCAAGAAUCAUUGCCACCAGCUGUGAGUUGGCCUAUCACUUGAGUACGUCCUCAGCCAAGGUGCCCUAGGUGCUCAACAAACAAGCUGGCCACUGGCAGAUUGAACUGGCCCUUUGACCAUCCGCCUAGAAAACCUGGAUGGCAGAGGUCACUGGGAUUUUCAUCCCAAAGCCAAUAAACUAGCUCUCUGACCACUGUGCCACGUAAUCAUGCUGGCACCUGCCAGGGGAAGCCUACAUGAGAAUUGCUGAAGGAGGAGCAGCUAAGUACACCCAGCAAAGCAGGUGCGAUGUGAAUGUUUCCAAGUAAGGGGAUUCAGGCAAAAGUUGGAGCUCAGAGCCCUCCCUCGAUUUUUUAGGACAGAGGAUGGACUCAAGAGAUUAAAGUGUGAGUCUUUGCUCUGCCCCCAUGCUCUCUCUUAGGAUCCAGGAGCGCUGAAGUAGAACGUCACACCUGCAAAUUAGCUUAGAACUGCCCUAUCUCCCAGGCUUGACAGAGGAUCAAGUCAAAAUUACAUAAAAUCCAAUGGUGAAAAUCCUUCGACAGCUGUAAAACCUUCAGUAAUAACGCUAUACACUUCAUCUGAGAGCCAAGUAGAAAAGAACUGCUCGGAAAAGUACAAGAAUGCCUGAUGUCUGCACCUAAGUGCUCAACUAUAUCCAAUAUGCCAAUGCUGCCUCUUUUUUUUUUGGCAUACAGUCCUAGGACUGGGACUUGUUCAUUUUAAUAAAUCCUGUAUCCUGGGAAAGUGGUACAACCGGUCACCUACUCUUGCCCAUUUUUGUAAACCAAAUCAACUAUGACCAUCGUAAGUACCAUCUUACCCAGGGAAAAGUUAAAACAAUUUCCCUGUAACCAUGCUCGUGAUUGUGCUCAGUACAUUUUUAUACUUUUGUGAUCUUACUGAUUGUUUUUAAGGAAAAAAAAAAUAAACAUGGUUUUCCAUAGC